AUGAAGUUUGUUCAUCUCGGGUAUUCCUUCGUCAGUUGGAAAGGGCCUAGGGUUGUUCUUGAGCUUGGUUUCAGGCGACCCUUGAUAGAGCCGCAGCAGGUUGCUGGAGAUGAGGUAGGGCAGCAAGUGGAGAAAUGUUCCACCUGUGUCACGACCCACUACAGCAUUUGCACGCCGGAGGGCUCAAGACGAUCUUCAAAGGUUCACACAGAGUUGUCCGAACAGCCGGAUGAGGAGAUCGGCUUGAAUGGCAUAGACAGAGGCGGCAACUGUACGAUUGUGGAGGAGAGCCCCGCAAAGAAUGAUGGGCCCUCGUCGCGUCGUAAGAGGCGUACGAUUCGACAAAGUCUUGAGGGUUGCUGGGACUGCGGCUGCAGCUGGAGCAGCAGAUGUUGCAAGCUGAAGGGGCAUCACCUUCACUGUUUUCAGCUUUGCUGUGCGCGCCUCACCUGCUCCUGGUGUUUGAAGAUGUUACUGCUGGUAGUGAUUGUGAACUACAUCUUCCUUUCAGGACCGUUGAGCCAGCCGUUGUGGAUACCAAUAAGCACAAAAGCUGCUUGUGAAGAGAAUGAUGACGGCAGUGGGCCAGCAUCGGUGAAAAGAGUUGGCCACAAGGCCAAUGUCACUGGAGGAUUGCAUGCUUGUGAAGCAUUGUGCAACGGGUUCAGUCGCUGCCAGGCGGUGGAUUGGUACAAUGACACAAGGUGGUGCAACCUCUACGCAACGCCAUGUUUGAGACCAACUGCCAGCUGGGAUGGGGCCAGCAGCUACCAAAAGGCGGUGGUUUGUCGGCUCUUCAAUGGCACCAGCGGUGUUCUCAUUGGGGGCCGCUGUCAUGUGGGUAUUCAUGUGCCUUCUAUGUCGUCUGUGGUGGAGCAAGAACUGCCCGCGAUGCUCCGAUCGCCCAAGAGCUGGUCCUUUACCUUGCUGGUGGCCUUGAUCUACACCUACGUCAUGUCUGCUUGGUUUCGGAAGAAAUUUGAUCCAGUAGUCAAGCGGAUACAAGAACCAACUGUGGCUGCAGUCCGUUGGACUCUGGGGGCAGUAUGGCGAAAGGCUGCAAUGCUUCUGAUCCUCCUGGCGCUGUGGGCAGCUGCAACGGUUCAUUACUGGGGGCUUCCGCCCGUCUCUGCAGUUCGGAAACUGGAGAAAGGAGAACGUCCGCCACUGCCCUACAUGGAGUGGAUCUGGAUGGGCGUUAGCAUGCUGCUGUUUCUGCUCGUGAUUUGCAAGGGCUUCCGAGCGUGCAUCCUCUCAGCCAUUGUGACCCUGGGCACUUGCAUCAUGUCCGCUUUUGCCAGCCUUUGCACCUUCGCCACAUCCCUCUGCGUGGAGACUGGUUUGAUGGCCGAAGCGGCCGCAAUUGGUGGUGUGGGAGCUGCAGCCGCAACUGUUGAAGGUGCAGCUGGUGCUGCAGCCACUGCCGAGGCAGGUGUUGCCGUGGAAAGUGCGGCUGCAGCUGAUGCGGCCCUAGGUGCGGAGGGCGCAGCAGCAGCUGAUGUGGCCGCUGGUGGCGCCGCUGCUGGCGAGGCCGCCACGGCGGCCGAGGCGGCGGCCACGGCCGAAGCCGUGGCGGCCGCGGAUGCGGUUGCGGUGGCAGAGGGUGUCGGCAUCCUAGCGCUUUGCGCUAUCCAGCAGCUUGCUUGUUACCACUUCGAGGUGGAUCGAUUGGUGACCAAUGGCCAAGAUGACCGAGCCUUCAGUGAUGCCCCCCUGUGCCAAAGUCUCCCGCAGGUUGUAAGCAGGAGAGCAGAUUCGGCUCGGGACCUUCCAGGGGGCCUGGCGGUGGGCCUUACGGCUCUUGUGGCUCAUGGCACUUCCCGUGCAAGGCGAAGGCAAGCAGUCAAGUGCCAGAAAGUGGCCCCAAAGUCAACGAAAGUGGACGUGGAGCCACCCAAACCCGUGCCAGUGAUUUUGCUGAGCGGUUUUCUUGGCACUGGGAAGACGACACUGCUCCGACAUUGGCUUGAGAACUCCACGGAUCGGAUAGGUGUGGUUGUAAAUGAUGUGGCCGCAGUCAACAUUGAUUCGAAGCUGGUACAGCAAGAGACUUACAACCCCGAGGGCGAGGUGAACGCAAUCCAACUCCAGAAUGGCUGCGCCUGCUGUUCACUGGGUGAUGAGCUAUUGGUGAGUAUCUACGACCUCUUGGAGUUGGCUACCCAGGACCGGCCCUUCAGCAAAAUCGUGGUGGAACUGAGUGGAGUGGCCGAGCCACAACGUGUAAAAGAGAACUUUGAUCAGGCGAGAGGUUCUGGGUACUACGUGACCAGCGGCUUCGAAUUGAGCAAAACCGUCACCUUGCUUGAUGCCUCCACGUUUUGUGAGGAGUAUAUGGAGUACCAAAGCGUCAUGGAUCGCGAUGACCUGAUUGAUGGUGAUGUGGGAGAGAUGGGAGACUACUCAGUCGUGGAGCUGUUAGUGGAGCAGGCGGAGGCGGCAGAUGUGGUGGUUCUGAACAAGACCGACCUGGCGACUAAGGAGCAGAUUGAGGCUACAAGGGCAGUCGUCAAGGCCAUCAAUACGAAGGCCACGAUUCUGGAGACCAGCUACUCCAAGAUUGGAUUGGAGACUGUCCUCGGAACGGCAAGACAUUCAGAGCAUGAAGAACAUGAAGGGCAUGAAGGGCAUGAUCAUGGAGGACAUGAUCAUGCAAAGGAAGAACAUGGUCAUGGUCACAGCCAUGCCAGUGAUUCCGGCCAUGGCCAUAGCCAUGCAGAUGAUUGCAGUGAUCCCAGCUGCACGGAUGCCAGCCAUGGCCAUAGCCACGGUCACGCAGAAGAUUGCGAUGAUCCUGACUGCACAGAUCCCAGCCAUGGCCACAGCCAUAGCCAUAGCCACAGCAGCAAGACGACAGCCGAAGAGCGGUUUGGCAUCACCUCCUUCACCUACCGGGCUCGAAGACCCUUCAGCGAAGCUCGCUUCACCGAGGCUCUCAAGACGUGGCCGGUACCGAAGCAUUCGGAUCUGCAACUGAUGCUGGAUGCAGAGCCGGACAGUGACCAUCCCAUGGCCAACGUCAUCCGCUCGAAGGGCUUCUGCUGGUUGGAGCAAGAACCAUCCACCAGAAUCUACUGGAGCCACGCUGGGAAGGACAUGAAACUUUCCUACUCUGGAAUCUGGUGGGGCGCCAUGACUCCGCAGCAGGUGAAGGUGAUGGAGCGUUUGGUGGGAGAUGAAUACGAACGGGCACGGAAGGAGGACUGGGACGAAGAGUGUGGAGAUCGAAGACAGGAGAUUGUCUUCAUCGGCCAGAAGUUGGUUGAAGAACCUAUCCGAGCCAUGCUGGAUGAGUGCCUCCUCAACGAUGAGGAAAUGGACACCUACAAGAAACGGCAGGAAACCAGGAACGGCAGGAACGACCAGCCCGACGAUGCUGAAAUGUUCCAGGACGACCUGGAGAUGCCAGUGACUCAAAAAGCUCCAAGCCGUUGCAGCAUGGAUGCAGCUCACGAAUACUUGGAGGCGCAGCUGCCAAAGCAGACUCCAGGAUGUUUGGAAGAGGAGCGCUGCGGGAGCUUGUGUACUCUUUGCUGUCCUGUUCUGUCUGACGAUUGCGGUGCCAGCGUUGGGCGUAGCGAUGACUCCGAGGACAGUGAGCCGGAGGAACCACACGCAGCGCAUCUCAGGCUCACGCGCAGCCUUGCUGGCAUCAAGAGGUCCCCAGCACGCAGCAGGCGUCCAUCUAUGACGGCGGAGGCGCGAUCCCGGCUGCGAUCUCCUUACAUGACGAAGCCGGUCCUUCGUGGAGAAGAGCUCCCACGUCGCACAAGGCCUUCGAUGACCUCGACGAUCUCCAGUAAUGUUUCCCAAAAAACAUCAAAUCCCCACACUGCUGGAGUUGAGGUGGGCACACUUACACUGCCAGCUGAGAUGCGGCCAAGUCGCUGGAGCUUGUCGUCUCAGACAUCUCAACCAUCCAUUCGAUCUCGCAGGGUGACCUACAAGUACAGCCAGCUCAUUCAUCGUGUGCCCAAGGGUAGCCGCAGGGCAUCUUUGCCACCUGUCUAUGUGGGCAGCCGCGUCUCUGCAGUGCCCUUUGAGGUGAGGAUCCGACCCAGGAGAACUUCCUCAGUGGUGUCCUCUCGACGGCCAUCCACGGAGCCCAGCAUGUCGGAUCUCAAAAUCGAUCCUGAAGAUGGCUUGGCCGUCCAGGACUUGUCUACUCUGGACGUGGCCAAAUUGACUCCUCUGACUCCGGAAGUCAUUAGCAGACAAGCAACGAUGAAUGUGGGCACCAUUGGCCACGUGGCCCACGGAAAGUCCACAGUAGUGAAAGGCCUUUCUGGCAUCAUGACUGUCAAGUUCAAGGCAGAGAAAGAGCGUAACAUCACCAUCAAGUUGGGUUAUGCCAAUGCCAAGAUCUACAAGAAGAAGGAACCCGAAGAAGAUGAUGAACAUCCCUACACUUCCCGCGAAAGCAGUGCACCAGACGUCGUUGAAAACGACAGUAGUGACUACAGUUUGGUUCGCCACGUGUCCUUCGUGGACUGUCCUGGACACGAUAUUCUCAUGGCGACCAUGUUGAAUGGCGCUGCUGUGAUGGAUGCUGCCUUGCUUGUGAUCGCAGGCAACGAAACCUGCCCACAGCCCCAGACCUCCGAGCAUUUGGCCGCGGUAGAGAUCAUGCGCUUGAAGCACAUCAUCAUCCUCCAGAACAAGGUGGAAUUGAUCAAGCAACAGGAGGCGCAGUCGCGAUAUGAAGAGAUUAAGAAGUUCGUGGCUGGCACCGCAGCAGACAGCUCACCGAUCAUUCCAAUCAGUGCAGUGUUGAAGUACAACUUGGACGUGAUUUGUGAGUACCUCUGCACGCAAGUGCCGAUCCCGCCACGAGACUUCACAUCGAGUCCAGUGAUGAUCAUCAUUCGAUCUUUCGAUGUCAACAAGCCGGGAGAAGAAGUGGCGGAUCUGAAGGGCGGGGUGGCAGGUGGUUCUAUUCUGAAGGGAGUCCUGAAGAUGGGUGACGAAAUUGAGAUUAGACCUGGCAUCGUCAGCAAGGAUGCGUCGGACAAUGUGCAGUGCCGUCCGAUUCGCAGUCGCAUCAUGUCGCUCUUGGCUGAGAAGAAUGCCCUGCAGUUUGCCGUGCCGGGUGGUCUCAUUGGCGUCGGCACCAAGAUCGACCCCAAGCUCACACGUGCAGACAAGCUGGUCGGGCAGGUGCUGGGUCAUCCAGGCAAACUCCCAAGUAUUUACACAGAGAUUGAGGUCAAGUUCUACCUGCUCCGGCGGCUCUUGGGUGUGAAAACGGAAGGCGACGGAAAGGCAGGGAAGGUGGCAAAGUUGAAGAAAGGCGAGAUCCUCAUGGUCAACAUUGGAUCCACAGCUGCAGGUGGCAGAGUACUGGGCAUCAAGGAGGACACAGACUACGCCAAGAUCACCUUGACCAACCCAGUCUGCACGCAGGAUGGCGACAAGGUUGCGCUGAGCCGACGGAUCGACAAGCACUGGCGGCUCAUUGGCUGGGGCAGUAUCUCGAAAGGAAGAUUGGAUGAGAUUGGUCUUUUUUUGGGGGCGCAUCCUCCUGCUUUUGCAGACCAUUCAAAAAAACCUUCAAGUGCGGAUCCUUUCGCUGAGCCGCAUGCCGCAGAAACCACUGGCUCUUUGGCUAAGGACUAUGCCAGCCUGCGAGAGCUCUGCAGCGAUGAAGAUCUACCAGGUGCCUUUCCACAUUCAGUCCUUAGCCAACUCCGGAAGACCCUGCUCUCGACCGCACGACCUACGGCUGCCGUGCUGCAAGCGACCGUUGAGGCGCUGGAGAAGUGCGUCACGGCCUGCGGCCCAGCCUUCCGCCCCUGGCAGCGCUUCGCGGGUCCCCUCCUGCGCCUGGCGGCGCAGCAGCACGGGCUGCGCCGCAGUGUGGCUGCAGUGCUGCUGAGCAGCGGGGAGGCGCUACGGAGGACCUGGCGCAGAUGGAUGCAGGUCUGUGAGAGCUCCGGAACCACGGAUCAGGCUCUGGUCGCGGAAAGCCUUCAGCUGCUGGCCGCUUGUCGCGUGCGCGAGAUGCCCAGCGAGGUCCUCCAUGACAUCUUGCGGGUGGCCUGUUCGUAUCUGGAGGCCUCCCGGUUGUGCGUGUCGAGCCGUGCCGUGACGUUAGCAGCGCAACGAUGCCUGCAGAUGCUGGGAACACGGCUGGGACGAGAGCAGCUAAUGAAGGAAGUGUCUUCCGUGGCUCCUGGCCUCAAUUUGGAUGCUUUACUGACAGGCCCCGCUGCGAAGCCGCUGGUGCAAGUGGCAGUUCGGGGACGGGCAACGAGGUCUUCCCUCUCCGCUGAAGUGAAGGAGGUAGAGCUGGACAGCGGCAUACUUGCGACAGCGAAACCUACACCGAAAGAGAGGAUCGAUCAGCAGGCACAGCUACAGGAUGUUAGGACGUUGAGGAGCCCUAGUUCCAUGCCUUCUCCUGAUUUGAGAAAACACUUCGAGGACUUGUCCGCACGUGAGGUUCCUUCGCAGGUACGACUCGUUCUACAUGCUUUGAGCGACGUAUUGAGGUUAUGUACCGAAGCCUCUGGUGAUGAGGCCACAGAUGUGCUGCAAGCCGCACAUGAGGAGAUGCUGGCCAUGAAAGGUCUGUCGGAGGAGGUCUUGAGGCAGCUGGAGCCCGUGCCGUUGUUCCGAUGCCUCCUUCAGUUGCUGCUUCAGCUGGAAUCGUUGAGCCAAGGGGAUCUAAGGCGCUGGGCAACUCCAAUUCUUUUGGAAGUAGCACCCUUCUUGGCUCGGGCCAUGGAAGCCAUUGAGAUGGGGAAACAACUCCUGGCGUGGUUGGAACUGGCAAAAGUCGUGUGCGGCGGGGAGCUACAUUCGCAGUCGCAUCGGUCACCUACCAGCCUUAGCGCGGCAAAAAAAACUUGGGCUCUCCGCUUCUGCGCCCGCGCAGCAGAACGCUGUGGUUCUGCUCUAGCUGAAGGAGAUACACAGUUGGCCUGGGAGGCGCUUGCGAAGCUGGCGCAAAUUUCUGAAAAGGAUCCAGGGAAUGCUGAAACGGGCGUUCUGGAGGCACUUUGUGCCAAGAUCGUGGAGCUUUAUCCGUCUCAGGCAGAGGACUUUGCCAAGCUUACAGCAGGCGCUAGCACCGAGUCCUGGUUUCUAAAGCUGAUCCAGCAGGAGCUGGGAGCUUGAGUGGACAGCGGGGAAAGGUGCAGGGGAAACUUCCUGUGAGCGCAUGGGGUCUUGCAAGGCGCCAGGCCAUGAAAGCCUGGCUGACCGGCUGCUGGGACUGGCGCAGGAUGUGCACC